AUGGGCACUCAGAUCAAGAUGUUUGCCGGUCCCCUAUCGGCUUGCACUCGACCAACAUGUAUGACACCCCUGAAUCUCCGAUAUCUCACCUUUACCACCAAACUGAUUCCGAUUGCAGGCUUGCCAUCGAGUUCACUGGCGACCUUCUCUUUGGCACGAUGCUUCUCCACCACUUCGCCUGCCUUCGAUUGGCUUACUCCUAAAUUUGCCGAGAAGUCGAAGUCCCCCAAGGGUCGGCCACAUGUCGCAACCGGUGGAUCAACCCGAGGAACAACUGUGGUGUGGGGAGAUUUCGGGCUGCGCAUGAAGGACCACGACCGUCGUAUGCCCGCUUCGGCAUUGAAGAUCGCCGAGGAGACUAUCAAGCGACGUUUGAGGGGAAUGAACUACAAGCUCUACAAGCGAGUCAGCGCCAACAUUGGUGUAUACACCAAAGGCAAUGAACAGCGUAUGGGUAAGGGUAAGGGUAAAUUCGACUACUGGACAGCCCGUUUGCCCGUCAGCCGUGUUGUGUUCGAGUUGAAGGGAGAUCUGCACGAGAAGAUCGCGCGAGAGGCAUUCAGAUUGGCUGGCCACAAGCUGCCCGGCCUAUGGGAAUUUGUCAAGAAGGACGACCCUCCUGUUGUCGGAAUUACAAAGCUCGGCAAUGGCGUUACUCUUGAAUCUCUGAAGCGAGCACGCAGGAGCCCGCCUCUUGGAAACGACAAGCUUGAAAAACCCCCGCAGAGCACCUCUUCCGAACCAUCCUCCUCUCAAUAA